CUGUCUCUCUGUUUCUCAGUCAACUCUCCCCCUCUCUCUCUCUCUCUAUCCACACUCUGUCUCUCCGUUUCUCAGUCAACUCUCCACCUCACCUCCUAAAACAUUCCGUCUCUCCAGUCCUCUUCUCCUCUCUUCUCCUCCUCCGUGUCAGGACCAUGUUUCCUCUGACGUUCCUCGGCCUGCUGUUCAUCACAGCACGAACAGACAACAAGAAAAAGAAGGGGAAAAACCAGGCGGCGACCAAAGAGGAAGCUCCAUCGAAGUAUGACUCCAUGUUCCAGAGAGGAGACCUGCUGGAGGUACCCCGGACGUUGUUCACUCAUUUUGGGAUCUACCUGGGCGGGGGCAGGGUGGCUCACCUGAUACCUGACAUACUACCUGUGUUGUCAGAUGAUGAGGAGGCUAUCAGAGAGAUGGUCACCAAUAACAGACUGAUACUGGGGGUCAUCGCUAAGUGUGCCAGUGUGAGGGUGGACACUGUGGAGGACUUUGCCUACGGCUCAGAGAUUAUUGUGAACCCCAUGGACAAGGUGUGCAGUCGCCCCCCACUGAAAGGAGAGCAAGUGGCUGACAGGGCAGAGAAGCUCCAGGGCUCCACGGCCUACAGCCUCCUGUGGUAUAAUUGUGAACACUACGUCAUGUACUGUCGAUACGGGACCUGCAUGAGCUUCCAAACCUUCCAGUUCUGUAAGACAGUGAAGAAGUUCAUUCUGAGCCAGAGGAGUGCCAAGGUGACAGCGGUGUUAGGCCCAGUGCUAGUGCUCUAUCUGGGGGUUGUGUCUCUCUACUCAGCCCUGGUCAUUGUCCUGGUUCCCUUCAUUAUCUGGAUGGCUUCCUAGACACUUGGAGGGAAGGAAGGAAGGAAGGAAGGAAAGAAGGAAGGAAGGAAAGAAGGAAGGAAGGAAAGAAGGAAGGAAA